AUGGUACAAGAUCCAAUCAGAUGUCGAGGCACCAACCCUCGUGACAUCAAGUCAUUCGCGAGUUGAUGGGUAAAACCUACGAAUUUCAUCUGGUGCGCGGAUGCCUCGAUUAAACACGUAAACCCGCAUCUUCAAAACAAAAAAAAUCAUCUUUCUGCCUUAGAUAUUUCCACUAUUAUUUCCAAGUUUUUAAUUACGCCUAUGUCCAUGAUUUUACAUGAGUCACUGUAAAUGCGCAAACCGUUGCUUAGCAGACUCGACACUCAUAUUAUCUUGUCACUAAUAUAUAAAUAUAUGAUGGUCGCGCCUGCCUUGUCUUGGACCAAAAUAACAUUUGAUAUCGCACUUAACUAGUACGAACUUUAUUCAAAGAUUUAAUAACUUUGUUUUGCCGAUAAAGUUGAACUGGGCCUUGUUAGGUUUCAAAGAAGCAAAUUCACGGAUACCAUGACAACCUGAGCUGAUUUUGACCGAAACCAGUCUUAAUACAGUAUGGCGCGAACUCGCAGAAGUAACCUCUCCGUGGAGGAUUCCUGGCGCAUGGUAGACGGAGGUGAAAAUGAUAGUUUUGAUACAACUAUUAUUCAGGAUCCCUUCGAGAACGAGAACGACCCUAUCAUAUUCAGCAGCCAGUCUCAACCGUCUCAACAGUCUCAGCUGACCUCGUCAUCCCAAGCCCAAAGUUUUGCAUCCCAAGACAGCAUUCGUGACUUUGCCAAUAAUGCGGAUGAAGACCGAGUCAUAUUACGAGCUCCCUUUCAGCCUUCACUCGCUUCCACCAGACAUACCUCUAUGGAUAAGGAUCGAACGCCCGUUCCGGAAUUCUUUAUGCCUGCCGUUGAAGUUAACAGCGAACAAAGCAGUAGUCGCCGUUCAUCAAGAUCUACCCACCCUAUUAUGAGCGAGUCGCGCUUUGUCAAAAGAAGAGGUAAUCGUCGAGACAGUCGAGACAGUGACUCGACCGCACGGCAAUCCCAAUACCAGCAAGAUCAAUUGCCUCCAAGACCUUCACUUGCAGAGAGAUUUACGAGUUCUGCUCCCAGCUUUCUAUUCGAUCUCGCCUCCUGGAUUAUAGGUAUCCUUCGCAUGGCUCUCCGAUACGCACAGUGGCCACUAGCCAUUCUCCUCGCCAUUUACCUAAUUAUCGGCACGUUCAUAAUGGCUAAAGACGCGAUUAUCACCUCGGUUUCGGCACCUCUUGCACCUAUAUGCUGGAUACCAGGCGCCUCUCUGAUCAACCUUCCGUUCUGCCCGAAGGGUCCACGCCCAGGGGUCCGCGAUGGUUCGUCGGUGGUUGAAUUUGAUGAGCUCAUGAACGUGCAAGCCCAAUUUGAGAAGGUACUAGAAGAAUCCGCACAGGGCGUCUCAUUGCCGAUGGAUAUGAAGCGAUCAGAAGCCUCCGUCCGAGACCUACGUACAAUGGUCAAAUAUAGCGAGUUGCCAACUCGCGCCGAGCUAGUCCACGAAUUUGAUACUUACAUUGACAUCGUCCGGGCUGGCGCCAACGACUUGCAAAUGUUCAACACCCACGUCGGCGGUGCAGUCGAUAGCAUUAUCAGCAUUAACCGGUGGACAACCCGAUACAUCGACUCGAUCGCUAUGAACCGCGAGGCCCAUAACAAUAUGCUCUCGCGCUUCACUGACUGGGUUUUCUCCCCGUUCCAGGUGUCGGUAUUCGAUGAGCGUGCUCUCUUGGAAAAAUACAUCGAACACACAGCUUUAGUGUCGGACAAGAUUGCGAACCUCAUUGUGGAGGCACAGGGAAUACUGCGUCUGCUCGGUGAAGCAGAGAAUUCACUGCAGCUUAUCAACGAGCAUGUCGUGCGUACAAGCAACGUGAUGAAGGAGAAGCAUAAUGAGGUGUUUUGGAACAUAUGGACGCUGGUGGGGGCUAAUACCCGUCGCCUUCACAACAUAAGAGUACAACUAGGCCUACUACAGCAAGUUGAUAGGCAGCGAAACUCAGCAGUUCAGCGGCUAGAUAGCUUAGUCCACGACUUGUACGAUAUUCAAACGAAGCUGGGCGACCUGAGAGAUAGAGUCGCCGCCCCAGAACUGCUGGCAGACUCGACAACCAUACCUCUAGCGGUACACAUCGAGACUAUCAACGCUGGAGUCGAGAGGCUUGAGACCGCGCGGAGUCGUAUCCGAGCCGAGGAGAAUGAACGGCUUCGACAAGCGCUGCAGAGAUCGAGGGAGGACGACCACCUAAUCGACGGCUAAAAUAAUUGAUGAUCAUUUUCAUUAUUAGGGUGCAAAGAUUAUAGGCAUCACAAACUCAGGACUUGAGGCGAUAGGAGUUUAGGAACAAGUAUAAAUCGGAAUGAGGGGAUACGGACACUGGACCAAUGUAUAGCGGUACAUUCUCGGAAUGUGAGGUGUGAUAGGCCUUCGGCAUAGGUUUAUAAGACUGCGAAUACUAAAAUACAUUUGGUUUUCUAGUGAAGGCCCUUGAAAUAAGCCUUUUGAGAGUAUGACUUGUUGUAUUGCUUCGAUAGCAUAGCGAAAUUCAGAAAAUGGGAUGGAUCAAACGAGACAGGGGUCGGUAAAAAGGGGUAAAGGAGUAAAUACGCUAAGGCGGAGACCUAUACUAUGUAAUUAGUAUGUUGAUAAUCUGCACAUGUAUUUUGGUUUCAUUUGAGAAA